CUGGUCUCUCACUUCAGUUGAGGAACAGUAAGAGUGCAAGUACCUCGUAAUGUCCAAUACUGCUCAAGCAAUGGGCCACUUACCCAGCGGCACUGGAGUAUGCACCACCGUCCCUGACAUGUUCUACAUCCCCGAGCUGAUCUUCGACGCCCUCGUGUGGUGCCUGGUGGCAUCUACGUACGUCACUCCCUCCAACCCCCAGGGAUGGGUGAUGUUUGUGUCUGUCUUCUGCUUCGUGAUCACGUUCAUCUGGUUCUUCAUCUUCCUCUGCGGGGGCCACAGGAACAGCGCCGGCUGGGCAGCAGCAGACUUUGCAUACCACGGACUGGCUGCUUUCUUUUACCUGAGCUCGUCGGUCUCCCUGGCCUACAUAACCUUGACGUUCGGCCCCUUACUUGAUCUAAAGUACUAUCGGAUGGACAUUUCGGCUGUAGUCUUUUCCUUCAUCAGCACAUUGCUCUACUUUAUCCAUGCAAUCUUCUCUGCCAACCGGUGGAAGACUUUCUAAAGAUUUUACAGAAGAAACAGCCCCUUGUCCUUUCUGACAACAAUGCCAAUAUUGUGUACACCACAUAGUGUACUUGUUCGCUGGCUGAUCUCAUUGAACACACAUAAUUUCAGCAUUUGAGCAUUUUGGAAAAAAUUGAUUUAGCAUUGGCCAAGUGAACAUGUGAAAUGUGGAUGGCUGUAAGAAAAACGCACAUCUAUGUUAAACCUUUUUUCAAUGUCACAUAUACUCACCCCUUUAAUUGUUGAGUUGUCUGCUCUAGUAAAAUGUUUAUUAUGUAUAAUGAUGCUUUAUGUUCUUCCAAUUCGUGACAUUCCCUUUAUAUAUAUAUGAACCUAUCAAACCCCACCUAUGUGUUUUUCCUUCAUAGAUAAUAAAUUAGAAUAAUGUCUUGAAA